UCCGACUUAACUCCGAGUUCUUCUUAAUUUGGGGAUUUUCUUUUUUUUUGUUGUUCUUUUCGGUUCAGAAAACCUGUGAAUAAUGGCGGAAUCAGUGCCGGUAUCAGAUCAUAUACCCGCCGGAGAAUCCAAAACUGUCCCCGUCGAGGUCGAAAACAUCAAGAAGCGAGUCGAAGAGGUUGUUCAAUGGGUUGAUUCGCUGGAGCAUAAACUGGCACAAGUAGAGGAGUUUUACUCGACCAUCGCCGUCUCAAACUCUUCCCCCUCCUCUAGACACGUUGUUGGGAUCAGGAAGGUCCAACAAGAGGCUGCCCGUAGAGAAGCCGUCGCUGCAAAGAGAAUGCAUGACCUCAUGCGUCAGUUCGGUACUAUCUUCCGUCAGAUAACCCAGCACAAGUGCGCUUGGCCUUUUAUGCAUCCUGUCGAUGUAGAAAGUCUUGGUCUUGAUGACUACUAUGAGGUUAUUGACGAGCCAAUGGACUUCAGCACGAUAAAGAAUCAAAUGGAGGCUAAAGAUGGUACCGGGUACAAACAUGUUAUGCAGAUAUACGCUGAUAUGCGUCUAGUGUUUGAGAACGCUAUGAAGUAUAAUGAAGAAGGUAGUGAUGUUUACUCUAUGGCCAAGACAUUACUGGCAAAGUUUGAGGAGAAAUGGACACACUUCCUUCCUAAAGUUCAAGAAGAGGAGAAAAUAAGGGAGGAAGAGGAGAAGCAAGCAGCAAUGGAGGCGCUGCUAGCAAAAGAAGCAUCUCAUACCAAAACAACCAGAGAUUUGAGCAAUGAGAUUUGCAAUGUUAAUGACGAGCUGGAGAAGCUAAGGCAGGUAGUUGUGGGAAGAUGCAGGAAAAUUACAAGUGAGGAGAAACGUAAUAUUGGGUUAGCAUUCUUGAAACUGUCUCCGGAUGAGCUACAGAAAGUGUUGGGUAUAGUUGCUCAGGCUGAUCCUAGAUUCCAAACUAAAGCAGAAGUAGUGACGAUUGAGAUGGACGUACUGGACGAACCAACACUGUGGAGGCUAAAGUUUCUUGUGAAGGAUGCGUUGGAGAAGAAGAAGAAGAAAGGAGAGACAAUAAAGACAGGAGAAUGUAGAGGGACAAAACAAAACAAUGAGGUUUCUAAGAAGCGAAAUGCGGUGAACAAGUUAGCAGAGAGAAGAACGAAGCGGCCAUGCUUGUGAUCCACAAACAAGAACUUCUUCUCUUUGUAUGGAUGUUCUGCAAUCGUUGUGUAUAUAUAUCGUCAGAAACAAAACUAGCUUCUACUGUUUGAAUUUUACUAAUCAAAAUUUUUAAAAAGGAUUUAGCUUUUGUGAUUUCAUUGAUA